UGUGUGUAGUUUUGAUGUCCACUUUAUGUCUUGGGACAGCAGAAACUUUGACAGGGCUGCGUUUUGUGCAGAGCCCCGGGAACGUGACCUCGUCUCUGGGGAAGCCAGUGGUGCUGCGUUGCAAGUUGCAGGGAGAGGGGGAAGAGCAGGGACCCCCUGAUGUUGUAUGGCUUAGGGAGGAUGAGCCAUUAGAGUUUGCUGACACAAACCAGAUUCAAGUGCCUGUGAGUGAGAACAGUUGGCUGGUCAUCAGCGACCUUCGGAUUGAGAAGGUGCAGCUAUCAGACAUGGGUGCCUAUCUCUGUUCGGUUGCCACGGGAACACAGGACAUAUCGUCAUACACAGGACAUAUUCAGUUGGAAGGUCUCCCUCAUUUUUCAGAGGAGCCUCAGCACAUGUCAGUAGUAGCUAAUGUGAGCCUGAGUCUGCUGUGUGUGGCCCAUGGACCUCCUGAACCUGUCAGGGUUAUCUGGCUCCAGGAUGGAGCUCCACUCAACUCUCUCCAGGACCCAAUGUCUCUGUCCCCUUCUACACUCAACCUCACAGGUCUGAACAAAACCAGCUCUUUCUCCUGUGAAGCCCACAAUCGUAAAGGUGUGGCAUCAUCAGGUUCAGGUGUGGUGACAGUACUCCCAUCACAGCCCGAGGACAUAAAGGCAGCGGAAGUCACUAACUCCAGUAUCCAUCUGAGUUGGCGGCCUGGCUUUGGAGGAGUGUACCCCAUAACCCUGUGCACUGUGCAGGCGAGGCAUUCAGUUGCUGACUCCAGUCUGAGCCCUGAUCACAUGAUUCAUAAUCAGAACGUUAAUGUACCACCUGCCAGUCACCUCAUCUCGGGCCUGGAGCCUUUCAGCCAAUACGACGUGAGAGUGGCCUGUCGCAGCAGCCAGGGCAUCUCUGAUUGGACGCCAUGGGUUAUGAUCAGUACCCAAGAAGGAGUUCCAGAUAACGCUCCACUGAAUGUGAGCGCGGUGUUAAAUGGAACGGUUAUGAUGGUGAGCUGGGCGGAACCUCCCGGCAGAAUCAAUGGACGACUACUUGGCUACAAGAUGGAAUACAGCACACAGAACAUGGUACAGACUAUAGUGGAUACUGGACUGGACACAGGCUUGUCUGUCAAUCUGUCUACCCCCCUAUCAAACGUCUCCUUCCGAGUAUGUGCCUACACGGGGGCGGGUCAAGGACCUUGGACAGAUGUCUACGCUCUUCCUCGUGCAGGUAUCUCCUCUCCACCAGCAUUCUCCUGGCACUGGUGGUACGUGGUCAUGGCUGUUGCCGUUGCCAUAGCGUUGGCGGUGCUAAUGGCUGUGUACGGGGCCAGGCUUCGCCGUAAAGAGACACGCUUUGGGGAAGCGUUUGAGCCCAUGAUGGAAAGCGGGGAACUGGUGGUCAGAUAUCGGGCACGUCGCACAUACAGCCGCCGGACCACCGAAGCCACAUUGAAUACCCUGGGCAUCAGUGAUGAACUCAAACAAAAACUGCAGGAUGUGAUGGUGGACAGACAUAAGUUAACCCUGGGAAAGACACUUGGGGAGGGUGAAUUUGGCUCAGUUAUGGAGGGACUGCUAACACAGGAAGACUCUGUGCUAAAAGUGGCUGUGAAGACCAUGAAGAUUGCUAUCUGUACCCGCACAGAGAUGGAAGACUUUCUAAGAGAAGCUGCUUGCAUGAAAGAAUUUGACCACCAGAAUGUCAUGAGGCUCCUGGGUGUGUGUUUGCAGACUGUAGAAAGUGAAGGUUAUCCCUCUCCUGUCGUCAUCUUGCCCUACAUGAAACAUGGAGACCUUCACAGCUACCUGCUUUAUUCAAGACUGGGAGACUGCCCUGUGUAUCUGCCGUCACAAAUGCUGGUGAAGUUUAUGACAGAUAUUGCCAGAGGAAUGGAGUAUUUGAGCAGUAAGAAUUUCAUCCACAGAGACCUCGCCGCACGUAACUGCAUGUUGAAUGAAAAUAUGAAUGUGUGUGUAGCUGAUUUUGGCUUGUCUAAGAAGAUCUAUAAUGGAGAUUACUACAGACAGGGAAGAAUCUCCAAGAUGCCUGUCAAAUGGAUUGCUAUUGAGAGUCUUGCCGACAGAGUCUACACUACUAAGAGUGAUGUGUGGUCAUUUGGUGUGACGAUGUGGGAAAUAGCCACGCGUGGGCAGACUCCGUACCCUGGCGUGGAGAACAGUGAGAUCUAUGACUACCUUAGACAGGGGAACCGUCUUAAACAGCCACCUGACUGCCUGGAUAGCAUCUAUGCUCUAAUGUUCUCAUGCUGGUUGCUGAGCCCGAAAGACAGGCCUAGCUUUGAGAGUUUGCGCUGUGAGCUGGAGAAAACCCUGGAUGAACUCCCGGACCCUCAGGACCCCGACGAGAUCCUCUACGUCAACAUGGAGGAGUCCUCCGGGGAACUGGGGGCCGUCGGGGGUCGGGAUCCUUUGCUCGGGGGCCCGUGUCCCCUGGGGGCCCUGAAAGGCUCUGAUUCGGUGGCCACCGUGGAGGUGCAUCAUCCCGGCCGCUACGUGAUCUGUCCCCAGCACGAGAACCAGCGCCUCCUGAACGCUGACUCUCUAGAGAGCCUCAACCUAAUGGGCUCCACCCCAACGCUAGUGCUGCAGCCCUCCUCCCGUUCCACCCCCGUGCCCUCCUCCGAAACCCAGAUGUCUGAUGAGAGAGACGGGCCCGGGUCUAAGAAAGUCCCCUGGCAGGGAUAGACAGACCUGGCGGUGAUAGACAUUCUUUACAGACUUUGUGAACUGGUACAGACUUAGAGAGCGUGACGCACGCAUCACCUUUUCUUGUGGAGAGUUCGAGUAUUGACCUCAAGCAUGUUACUGCCCUACACCUUUGC